CUGCAGAGCUUCAGAGAUGAUUCCAUUUUGCAUUUUUCUCGCGCUUCUCUAUAAAAUCUGUUUGGUGCUGGCUGAUAGCGAGACCACAAAUGUAGUUCAGGAGAGCGGGGUCAGGACAGCUAAAGUUGGGGAGAACGUGACUUUGAGUUGCUUCUGUAAAAGUGAGGCUGUAACUUUCCUUUCUUGGUACCAGCAGAGACUGGGUGGAAACCCUCACAUUAUUUCAUCUCAGAUGAAGCGUAGCCCAGAUGCAGACAUCGACCCUGCAUAUAAAAACAGAUUUACAGUCUUUGCACAAAGUGAUAAAUGCACCAAUGAUCUCACAAUCACAGACCUUCGUCUGUCUGACUCAGCGACAUAUUACUGUGGGGUUUUAGUAUUCAACGCCAUUGAAUUUGGAGAAGGAAUUUUCCUUCAUGUUGAAACAUCUCCGCCCAACAACCUAUCUACUGCACAUCAGCCAGAACUGCAGCUGCUUCGAGUGGGAGACUCUGUGAAUUUGAGCUGCACAGCGUAUACUAAACCAUGUGCAGGAAAUCAGAACUUUUACUGGUUCAGACAUCAUGCGUCCCAACCUGCAAUCAUGUAUCCGAGCAAGGGCCAGUGUACAAGCCUCUCAAAUGAAAAGCCUCCCAGGAAAAGCUGCACCCUGACCCUUGCAAUAAAUUCUGUGAACGUCUCUGAUGCUGGAAUAUACUACUGUGCUCUCGCCUCUUGUGGGGAGAUCGUUGUCGGAAACGGAACAAGGGUUGAGAUUGUAGUCUCUGCAAAAGCGCCCCCUCUCCUGGUGUAUUGCUUGACUGUGGCACUGGCAGUGUCCAUCGUUGUGCUCGUUAGCUUGGCGGUCAUCACAUACAAGAUGAAGAAAAAGACGUGCUCUGUCUGCAAUGGAACUGUUUCCCAUCUGGCAGCCUCUUCAGCCUCUGACAUUGUGAGUCAAGAUGAAAACAGCCUCCACUACGCUGCUCUGAGUCUGAAGAGGAACAGUGAACGACAACGUGGAGGCGUGGAGGACAGCGAGGAGAGUGCUUGUGUAUAUUCCAGAGUGAAGAGUAGAAAAGUGUGAACCGUUAUGCCUAAAACAAAGAUGAAAGAAAUGAUUGAUUUGCAUGCCUGAAUGUACAAUGUAAAAUAAUGCUGAAGGAAAAUAAAAUGUGUCGUGUCUGCAGCGUU